AUGUCGGGCCUCUGGACCUCCUUCGCCUUAUCUUGCUUGAUCUCUACUGCUUUGGCGCAGGGGCCUGGAUUCGUUCCCCUGGUCGAAAAGCGGUUCACAUGGGACAAUAUUCCAUACAAAGUCGACACCGAUGUCGGCCUUCCUCGAGGUGAUCAGGUCGGCUAUAAUCGAUGCAACUCGACGACCGAGGGUCCUACAUCUCUUUGUCAGACUGCAGUCUUCAACUCCCUCGAUGAUUUUUGCUUCUGGGGACCCCCAUCUCUGGGUCAGACCGUCGGCGAGAUCGAGGGUGAAAUGGUUGCUUGGUGCACACAGCCUGGGCAUGGAACACGGGUGAUACCCGAGGGGACCAUUUCUGGGGUUCAGUUUACUAAAGCCCCGGAUUACAUCCAAGUCGUGGGCUUCAUGAACCAGACGAAGAUCAAUAUCCUUGACGGCGACGCCGGCGGCGAAAUGGACCCCCAUGGUGCUGACAGGAGAGGAAACCCCAUGGGUGGAAUCAUGUUUACACAAGCAUGGACUGGAUCUUAUGUUCAGAUAGUGCAAUGGCACAAUUUCAUGGGCGCCAAUAUCUUCUGCUUGAAGGCAUGCGAUCCUUCUCGACCCAACGACGCUCGAUACUGCGAACAUAUCUACGACACUCAGGGUUGCGGCUUCAAUGCUCCUUCAAAUGCACGUGAUGGAGUUUUUGAAUCUUGCGCCAGCGAUAACCAGCCAUUUCCCGGUGCUGGCGUUGCGGUUCCUGCCAGCUCACUGUGCUCGACCUUCGCAAGCACCGACAUAUAUGGACCGAGUGCUACCAUCCGAGUUCCUAUUCCUGGCGCUUCUACAAUGUCAUUCAACACGGGUCAGGUCACCAGACCUACCCCAUCGUCUAGCAGCACCAGGGCAGCUUCAUCGGCUUCCGAAUCUAGGAGCGGUAGCGCUGCGGAACCGGACGAAACAGAGGAAUCUGAUAGUGCCUUCGCGCUCGCUGAGAGUUAUCCAUGGGCUGCUAUAGCACUCGGUGUCGUGGUUUACCUCUUUAUCUAG